AGCGCCGCCAGAAGCCAUGUCUGCGCCCACCGGGCUGCCGCCUCGGCCCGCCGGUGCCGUCGCCGCUUACCCGGGCGGGCCCGUUGGCUCUCGGGAGGCCGCGGCCCCUCAGAGCGCUGCGCCGCACUGCCAGAACGGUCCUGUGCAGAGUCAAAUGCAGUUCCCUGCUGGCUACGGCUCACAUCCUCCGAACUACAGUGCACCCUCAGGACACUAUUCCCAAGUGCCCAAUAAAGCUGUUUCAUCACCUUUGGAUAAUCAAUAUAGAGCCAGUUAUCAGUCUCCUUACUAUUCAGCACCAGCACAAAAUGUUAUGACGCCACUCAUGGGAACCAAUGUGUUGAAUACACGGGAAUCACAGCAGUUCUACAACAAAACUCCUCCCCGUACAGUGGGGUUGACUGAAGGACCCGUUCAAGGAGCAAUACCAUCUGGAUCCUACUUGCAUACGAGUGCUCAGCAGUCAUAUUCUGCAUAUGGUGAUCACUACAACACUUCAGUCAGCUCUUCAGUUGCAUCUCAGGGAUUUCCCCUUAAUUCUGAUCAUUACGCCAUGCCCGUGGUUUCUAGUGCCAUGUAUCCUAAUGUUUCCUAUCCUGCAGCUACUAGCAGCAUGUAUGGGCAGGCAUUUACCUCUCAGAGCCUUCCUGCAGCUGGACAGUUCAAGGAGACAAAUACAUUUUCUAGCCAGAGUACAUCAGUACCUCAUUCACUUCAACAGCACGUUCCUGUGGGAUAUAACUCUACAUUAUCAACUAUUUCAUCUGCUCAGUCCUUUCAGGACAACCUCAGCAAGAAUCUCACUGGAUCCGUUGCUAAAGUAAACAACCAAGUAAACAGAGGUGGCAUUGAUUCUUCACAGCCCGUGCAGUCUGUGAGCCAGAGCGUUCAGCUUACCAAGCCUGGGGUUGGGGCACCUGCUUCCUCUGCUCUGAUAUCCUCAGUGAGGACGCCGGCCCCAGGCCUAUCUUCACAGCCACGAUCCUCACCCUCCAUUACACAGUCACCGGACUCAGCCCUUCAGGAAGGCAUGCAGUAUGGUGGAUAUGUUAAUAAUCAAGCUAGCACUGCACCAACUCCCUUGUCAUCAAGUUCAGAUGAUGAGGAAGAGGAUGAGGAGGAUGAGGAAGCAGGGGUUGACAUAUAUCCUGACAGAUUGCGAGCUCUGGCUGUGCCAGUGGUUUUACAAAAAACAGCACUUGAUAGUUCUUCUACUACUAGCAGUGCAUCUCCUGUUCUGAACAAUUAUGAUGCCCUGGAAGGAGGUGGCUAUCCAGAGACACGCUCUGUGACCAGCAGCCCAGUUCCUACUCCACCAGCCCCUCAAACAUCCAAAACUUCCAAGCCCUUUGGUUAUGGAUAUCCAACACUGCAACCUGCCUACCAAAAUACAGCACCGCCUACUCCUGUGCAGCCCACUAAUCCAAGCCACCAUCCUGGGUUUCAGCAUUAUCCGCAGCAAUAUCCAGGUGUGAACCAGCUGUCCUCUUCCUUAGGAGGGUUAAGUCUGCAGCAUUCUCAGCAGCCAGAAGGCUUGAGGCCUGUAAACCUUACACAGGAUAGAAAUAUUUUACCUGUAUCUUCAGUUCCAGCUCCUGUGCCGAACUUGAAUUCUGAUCUUAGGAAAUUAAACUGCAGUCCGGAUUCAUUUCGAUGUACAUUGACAAAUAUUCCACAGACGCAGGCUUUGUUAAAUAAAGCUAAACUUCCUCUGGGUUUGCUGCUACAUCCCUUCAGAGACUUAACGCAAUUACCAGUGAUAACAUCAAGCACAAUAGUGAGGUGCAGGUCCUGCAGGACAUACAUCAACCCUUUUGUUUCUUUCAUUGAUCAAAGGAGGUGGAAAUGUAAUUUAUGUUAUAGAGUUAAUGAUGUCCCUGAAGAAUUUAUGUAUAAUCCUCUGACGCGAUCUUAUGGAGAGCCGCACAAACGGCCAGAGGUCCAAAAUUCUACAGUGGAGUUCAUUGCUUCCUCUGACUAUAUGCUUCGUCCUCCUCAGCCUGCGGUGUAUUUAUUUGUUCUAGAUGUCUCUCAUAAUGCAGUGGAUGCUGGAUAUUUGACAAUAGUCUGCAAUUCAUUGCUGGAAAACCUGGACAAGCUGCCUGGAGACUCAAGAACAAGAAUAGGAUUCAUAACAUUUGACAGCACUGUUCAGUUUUACAACUUGCAAGAAGGUUUAUCUCAGCCUCAGAUGCUCAUUGUUUCAGAUAUUGAUGAUAUUUUCCUACCUACACCAGAUGGCUUACUAGUAAACCUCCAUGAAAGCAAAGAGCUAAUAAAAGAUCUGUUGAAUGCAUUGCCAAAUAUGUUCACUAAUACAAGAGAAACGCACAGCGCCUUGGGCUCUGCUCUUCAGGCUGCAUUUAAACUGAUGUCUCCAACGGGAGGUCGGAUAUCUGUUUUUCAAACUCAGUUACCAUCCUUGGGCGCAGGGCUUUUGCAUUCCAGAGAAGAUCCCAAUCAAAGGUCGAGCACAAAGGUGGUCCAGCAUCUUGGUCCAGCAACAGAUUUCUAUAAAAAGUUGGCAUUGGACUGCUCAGGCCAGCAGACUGCUGUGGAUUUAUUUCUCUUAAGUUCACAAUAUUCUGAUCUAGCUUCCCUUGCUUGCAUGUCCAAGUACUCUGCAGGAUGCAUCUAUUAUUACCCAUCUUUCCACCAUAGCCAUAAUCCUGCUCAGGCUGAAAAACUGCAGAAAGACCUUAAAAGAUACCUUACCAGGAAGAUAGGAUUUGAGGCGGUUAUGCGCAUAAGAUGUACAAAAGGUCUCUCAAUACACACUUUUCAUGGGAACUUUUUUGUCCGAUCUACUGACUUACUGUCUCUCGCCAACGUCAAUCCUGAUGCUGGGUUUGCAGUACAAAUGUCCAUUGAGGAGAGUCUGACUGACACAUCUUUAGCUUGUUUUCAAACUGCUCUUUUGUACACUUCCAGCAAAGGUGAACGUCGAAUUCGAGUGCACACACUUUGCUUGCCUGUAGUAAAUUCACUGACUGAUGUGUAUGCAGGAGCUGAUGUACAAGCAGUUGUAUGCCUCUUAGCAAACAUGGCUGUGGAUCGCUCAGUUUCAUCUAGUCUUCCAGACGCAAGAGAUGCCUUAGUUAAUGCUGUGGUAGACUCUUUGUCAGCAUAUAUGUCAACUGCCUCAAACCUGCAGCAGUCUAUGCUGAUAGCACCAAAUUCCCUCAAGUUGUUUCCACUCUAUGUUUUAGCUCUUCUCAAACAGAAAGCUUUUAGAACAGGCACUAGUACGCGCUUAGAUGAUCGUGUUUAUGCAAUGUGCCAGAUAAAGAGUCAGCCUCUUGUCCACAUGAUGAAAAUGAUACAUCCCAACCUGUACAGAAUAGACAAGUUGAUUGAAGAGAGUACAAUACAUGUGAAUGACAGAGUUGUUCCUCAGCCUCCUCUUCAGAAGUUAUCUGCAGAGAAGUUGACAAGAGAAGGAGCUUUCCUUAUGGAUUGUGGUUCAAAUUUUUAUAUUUGGAUUGGAAAGAACUGUGAUAACAACUUCAUAAAAGAUGUCCUCGGAUAUCCAAACUAUGCGUCAAUACCCCAGAGAAUGACGCAGCUUCCCGAGAUAGAUGCACUUUCUUCAGAAAGGACACGAUCUUUCAUAUCCUGGCUUAGAGACAACAGACCUUUAAGUCCAGUUCUUCAAGUAAUAAAGGAUGAAAGUCCUGCCAAAACAGAUUUUUUUCAGCACUUAAUUGAAGAUCGGACAGAAGCAGCUUUCUCUUAUUACGAAUUCUUACUGCAUAUUCAACAGCAGAUUUGUAAGUGAACAAAAAAUAGACCAGAAAAAAAGAACCCGGCUCCAGGUAGCAUUGGCCGAGAGAAGCGUACGGGACGCGGCAGAAGUGGGUGUUUGUUCUUCACGAUAUGUAGUAACCAGGACUGUUCUGGAAACUUUACAGCUGAAGUAGAAGUGUACGUUUCCAGAGGAAUUUUCCAGAUAUACUUCAGUGUAAAAGUGCUAGGAGCAAUGGAGCUGUUUCACUAGUAAUCUUUGAAUUGGUUUAUACACGUUUCCAGUAGUGCAGCGGUAUGGUGCUCUGUUUAUUGCAAGCUGGUGAAUUUAUGUAGCUAUGUGGGAUAUUUCCUAACGAAAUGUACAAUUAAGUAAAGCCUUUUUUCUUACGUUUGUUAUGGUAGCCCUUCAAAAUUCGAAUUCUUAACCAAGAUGUCAAAGGGCAGUGCUGUAUGUUGGUUGUUUAUAUGAAUUUCUUUUUAAAAGGAAUGAUUCGUAUUUACUAGAGACUUCAGCAAAUUCCCUGCGAAAGUUGUAGAAUUUCACUAAAGUAAAAUAAUUGUAGAAAUGAAAUAUAUAAUGUACAUAAGUGUUACAUUUGUAAAGAAAAUGUAAAAAUGUAACUAAAAAAAGACUUAGUUUAGUGUAUGGAAUUGUUGAGUGUUCAAUGAUGAAUUGUUUCGGUCUCAAGUUGACUAUUAAAACAUGCUUAAAAAAAAUCCGUGUAGAAAGAACACAACUUCUUGUUCCGUUUAAUUUUUAGGCGAAUUUAUUUCAGAUCGGCUUACUAAUUAAAAAUAUUUUGCUUUA